UAGUUGGAGCUUUUAGGAUCAACUGUCAUUAAAACUGCUUGCUGAGUUACUGAGGAAAGAUGGCCACCAAAUCAGUGCUGAUUCUGCUGCUGGUUACCGUAGCAACGACUGUUGCUCAGAAAAAAUGCUGCUAUCCCAGCCAAUUUGAGGGCAGUUUGGGCAGCAUCACCGCCCAGGUGCAAGCGGGGCAAGGUACGACCCAGACUGAUGGCCUUCAGUACGCUUACGACUUCACUAAUGGUCGAGUGGGUGCGAUCACCUCCAAAGACGACAUGGGAGUAAUGACCAAAUACCAGUACAUCUAUGACUUCAGCAAGAAACGUCAAUACAACAUUCAAGUCAGCCCUGAUAUUUCAGUUUGCAUUAGUGGUCCUCUGAACGGAACCGUUCCACACUGUGUCCCCGCUAGCGCCACCUAUCUGGGUUCAUCCUACUACGGCGAUCACAAGUUAACCGUAGACUUCUUCCAGUACUUCGAAUCGAUGGGUCCAUCCAACUACGCUAACGUCACGAUGACUGUAUCGCAGGGAGACUGUGUUCCAUUCUCUGUUGUCACCGAGGGAAUGAACAACGCUGUUCCAACUCUUGGCAUUCAUGGCUACGUAAACUACACCAGCGGCAUCAGCGAUCCGUCCAAGUACUUCGCCGUGCCCAGUUUUUGCGCCCAGCAGUCAAACCACAAGACUCCAAAGAUGCCGAAACUUCUCUUCGACAAGAUUCUGCCAUAGAAACCGAAGCUACUGGAGACAUACUGGAAGGCACAUCUGCAAGCUAGCUAGCUUAGUUGGAGAGGCUUUUUGCGCAAUGAUUUUGCUCAUUACCUUUUUAAAGACAAUUGAAAUCAAUACGCCAUGCAUUAAUUUAAAGCAUAUCAAAUUUAAUGAGUUUUAAAUUUCAAUGGAGAAAUUUCGAAAAGCUUAGUCAGGAACUUAUACAAGCAGAAUUGUAUCCAAGUAUAUAGGAAUUGAACUCGACCAAAGUAAUAUCUAAUAUAGCCUCAAGAUACCGUAUAAAUACCGUUGAAUAAUCAUUGCAAAAGCAAGCUAUACAGCUAAAGGUUUAUUUCGAUGAAUUGGAGCGGAGAUUUACUGUAUACAUUUUGUUUUUCGUUAAUAAGCAAAUGAGUGUGUAGUUUUUAACCCCGUUGUUGGCAGAUCAUGACUAUACUAGUUAAAAACUACAGCGCAGAUAUUUUUCUGUUAUUUGAAUGGAAAUGUUUCCUCGGAAAAAAUGGCAAUGACAUGCGGUUGUUUAUAAUUCCCCAUAGUAGUAGAACAAUAAAUACUGUAAUAAACAUGCAAAUUAAAUCUAAAUGAAGGCUUUGAUUUGCUUUGUCAUAAAGUGGGGUAAAUAUUCGGAAAAUGGGUGAUAAUGAAACAAAUCAUUUUGCAGAUGUUGAAAUAAAGUACUGGACGUAUUUGUA